AUGAGCCCUCUCUCCGACUUCCUGGUGGUUUGGCAGCGGGUUGGGGGAGUCCGACGAGUUGUUGGCCUUCCAUGGCCGUCGGAACCGAGCACUGUUUGGGCAGCAAGCUCGUGCCUUGGCCUGGUCGGUCUCUGGUGUGGGGAUCGGUGGGCUUCAUCGGCAGCGGUAACAUCCAGUUUCGAAGGGGUUUGUGUGAGCGUAGACUGCUGUAAGACGCCCGAAUUUUGCGACGGUGCUUGCUGUUGGAAGGGUAGGUUCUGGUUAACCAACUUCGGUCUGGAGUUUCUUGCUUCGUGCUCGAUGUCAAUGCCUUGGGGUUUGGGGUUACCAGUUAGCCGGCGAGGAGGGCUUAUUCUAUUUUUUUGGGUAUUUCGUGGUGUGCAUUAUCCUUUUGGAAGUUGUAUUUUCCUAUAUGGAGCUCGUGGGUGUGUUGUGGCUGACUAG